AUGUUAUAUUUCAAGUUGCUGUUGGGAGUGUUGGGUGGCGUUUUGGUCGGGAAUAGACGAUUUCUAACUGGAAUUGUUAAGAUUCUGGUGGAAAUGUAUGUUUCCACCAUUUCUGGAACUGUGGGAACUGGAAGCGGCGUUUUUUCAUCUGAAGAUGAUACUGCUGAAGCAAGUAAAUGGUGCGGAUAUCUUCACAGUCGAAUAACAAGAUUGUCUAUUACUGUUAAGAAUUUGACAUAUGCCGUCAACAAAUGUGGCAAAGUAUUUGCCUGGAAUAAUGAUCCGCUUGAAGAUACUUGUGGGAUAACCAUGAUGAAAUAA